AGAAACGGUUUUCCCACCCUAAAACCCUAGCUCUCUCCUCACAUAUAAAUUCGACGCAUUUGGCAGUUUAGGGCUUCCUCUGCUAUUUGCAACCCACCGGUGUUCCUCUCCCAGCAACCUCUAUCAUCUUCUAAUCCAAUCAGCCUUUGAGCCAUGUCGAAGAAGAAGACAAGAGAGCCGAAGGAAGAGAAUGUCACCCUUGGUCCUGCUGUAAGAGAAGGAGAACAUGUUUUUGGGGUUGCACAUAUCUUUGCUUCUUUUAAUGAUACAUUCAUUCAUGUCACUGAUUUGUCUGGGAGAGAAACCCUGGUUCGCAUCACAGGUGGGAUGAAGGUUAAAGCUGACAGGGAUGAAUCUUCACCAUAUGCUGCUAUGCUUGCAGCGCAAGAUGUUUCUCAGAGAUGCAAGGAACUUGGCAUUACUGCUCUUCAUAUCAAGCUCCGUGCAACUGGAGGCAACAAGACCAAGACACCUGGUCCUGGUGCCCAGUCUGCCCUAAGGGCACUUGCUCGCUCUGGAAUGAAAAUUGGUCGCAUAGAGGACGUGACACCAAUUCCAACGGACAGCACCCGUAGAAAGGGUGGUAGAAGGGGAAGAAGGCUGUAAAGUGUUUCCCAUGGAGUUCAAUUCCAGUUUGGUGGUGGUGCUUUUAUUAAUUGGUUAUGUUCAGUACUUUUUAGGUCAGCUGGAGCAAGUUCUUUCAAGUUGACAUUUUUUUGUAGUUUAUGUUCGUGGUUUUGCUGAUUUCGAAUUAACAUUUGAACCUUGUAGAAACAUGGUGAUAUGAGAUAGUAUGAAUUUUGUUGA